AUGGAUCCAAUCAAGUACAUUUUUGAAAAGCCCGCUCUCAUAGGGCGAAUUGCUCGAUGGCCGAAAGCCAUCAAAGGGAGUGCCUUGGCAGAUUAUCUAGCUAAUCAUCCUGUUGAUGAUUAUAAAUCAAUGCAAUGUGAAUUCCCAGACGAAAGUAUCAUGGUUUUGUCUGAAGAAUAUGAUGAUGGAAAAUGGACCUUGUUGUUCGACGGGGCCUCAAACAUAAUGGGGCAUGGGAUUGGGGUUGUUUUAAUAUCUCCAAAAAAGAAGUUCAUACCUAUCACGGCGCGAUUGUGUUUUGAUUGUACCAAUAAUAUGGCAGAAUAUGAAGCUUGCGCCAUGGGAGUUUUGGCGGCUUUGGAAUCAAAAGCAAAAGGUCUAGGAGUAUAUGGAGAUUCAGCCCUAGUCAUUAAUCAGCUUAACCAAGAAUGGGAAACUCGAGAUAAGAAGUUAAUACCUUAUUUUACCUACAUAAAAGAAUUGUCUUUAGAAUUUGACAAAAUCACGUUUCACCAUGUCCCUCGAGAAGACAAUCAAUUGGCUGAUGCUUUGGCUACUUUAUCAUCUAUGUUCCAAAUAAAUCGAAACGAUGAAAUCCCAUCAAUUAAAAUGGAGAGUCGAGAUUAUCCAGCCUACUGCCAUGUCAUGGAAGAAGAAACUGACGGAAAACCGUGGUAUCACGACAUCAAACAUUAUCUUAUAAAUAGAGAAUAUCCUCCCGGAAUAUCGGAGAAUGAGAAAAGAACUUUGAGACGGUUAUCCGCGAGCUUUUUUGUGAACGAAAAUAUUUUGUAUAAGAGGAAUCACGAUAUGGUACUCCUCAGAUGUGUUGAUGUUAAUGAGGCGAAGGAAAUUCUACAAGAUAUCCACGAUGGCUCUUAUGGGAUCCAUAUGAAUGGACACGCCAUGUCUAGAAAGAUUCUUCGGGCCGGAUAUUAUUGGCUCACCCUAGAAAAAGAUUGUUAUAAUUAUGUAAAGAAAUGUUAUAAAUGUCAAAUAUAUGCUGAUAAUAUCCACGCCCCACCAGUACCCCUGAACACCCUUUCAGCGCCCUGA